UCACAUACAGGCACGGUUUCGCCUGGGUUCCAGUGAAAUGUGUAACGUAGUAGAUACAGUAGAUUCUACACAGCUUCCUUUGUGCCUGCAUCACAUCGGACUCAUCACAAAGUGGAUUUCCGAGAAAGAGCAAGUGUCAGUCAAUGUUCUCGUGUCCAAACUGUAAUUCGUCUUAGUGUCUAGGCGUAUUGUUGUUAUUGUGUUUAUAUAUAAGCUUGGUUGCAAUUAACGUUGGUUAAUUUCGGGGUUAGCCACUUCCCUGUCACUUGCAUGAAUCGGGAAGGCCCACUUAGCUCGGCUCAUCACCGCUCUUGCGUAGCGCAACACCGGAAACUUCUCUUCAUUCACUGGAUAAGCAUAGGGUGUGUGCUGAAUCCCAGCAACGUAGUGGCGUUGUAUUUUCAAGACCGACAAGCAAAAGAGAACGGGAGUGGCUGGUUGGAGUCCCGUGUAGUAUUGGAGCCUUAAAAGGUCUGUUUGGUUGGAGCACCAGGAGGAGUUUGUCCUGCCCAGCGGGGACUCUAUGGAGAAUGUUUGCUAACUUCACUGACGCUGUGGCUCUCUUCCACUCGUCCGACCACCGCUCCCAGUAGCCACCAUGCCUGGCAGCCCGGACGGGAUCGAGCACAGAUGCCUCCGCAGGUCCUCCAAAUGAUAUGAUAGUAGCCACCUGGAUUGCAUUCUGUGCCAGCAGGAGCCUCGCGCGGGUUCUGCGACUCACCGUAGAGCAGCAGCUGCCCACGCGACCGUUUUGGCAGACCCUCGGGGCUACCGGAACCAUGGGGAACAGCUGUGUUUGCCGAGACGACAGUGACGUGGAGGAUGGAGGAUCGGCGUCUCGGCGGCAGUCCUCCAGGCGCGGUGAUCACGCGGCCGUGGAGUCUACCGAGGCCCGGAGUAGCCGGCCACGGGACCCAGUCAGGCCGCCCAGACGUGGCCGAGGACCGCACGAACCUCGGCGGAAAAAACAAAACGUUGACGGCCUGGUACUUGACACAUUGGCUGUUAUUAGGACUCUGGUUGACAAUGACCAAGAGCCUCCUUACUCCAUGAUCACACUACAUGAGAUGGCGGAAACAGAUGACGGCUGGUUGGAGGUGGUGCAGUCCCUGAUCCGGGUCAUCCCCCUGGAUGAUCCUCUGGGCCCGGCCGUGAUCACGCUGCUGCUGGACGAGUGCCCUCUGCCCACCAAAGAUGCUUUGCAGAAGUUGUCGGAGAUGCUGAACUUGAGUUCAGUGGUGGCUCGUCAGGACGCCCUGAUUCCCGCCAAACAUCGCAACACCACAGCUGUACUGGGCUGCCUCGCAGAGAAACUCGCCGGUCCAGCCAGCAUUGGCCUCCUCAGCCCAGGCACUCUGGAGUACCUCCUGGAGAGCUUGAGUUCUGAAGCACAUCCCACCGUGAUGCUCUUUGCUCUUAUCGCAUUAGAAAAGUUCUCACAGACAAGUGAGAACAAGCUGACUGUGUCCGAGUCGUGCAUCAGUGACCGGCUGGCGGUGCUGGAGAUGUGGGCGGAUCACCUGGACUACCUAAAGCGGCAGGUCGGCUUCUGCUCACAGUGGAGCCUGGACAACCUGUUCCUGAAAGACGGUCGUCAGUUUACAUACGAGAAGGUCAACCUGAGCAACAUCAACGCCAUGCUGAACAGCAACGACGUCAGCGAGUACCUGAAGAUCUCCCCUAGUGGCCUGGAGGCGCGCUGUGAUGCCUCUUCCUUUGAGAGUGUGCGCUGCACGUUCUGCGUGGACUCUGGCCUCUGGUACUACGAGGUGACGGUCAUCACGUCUGGCGUCAUGCAGAUCGGCUGGGCCACCAAGGACAGCAAGUUCCUCAACCACGAGGGCUAUGGGAUUGGGGAUGAUGAGUACUCUUGUGCAUACGACGGCUGCAGGCAGCUGAUCUGGUACAACGCUCGCAGUAAACCUCACACGCACCCCUGCUGGAAAGAAGGUGAUGCCAUUGGCUUCCUAUUAGACCUGAAUAAGAAGCAGAUGAUCUUCUAUCUCAACGGGCAUCAGCUCCCCCCUGAGAAGCAAGUCUUCUCCUCAGCCACGUCGGGCUUCUUUGCUGCGGCGAGCUUUAUGUCCUAUCAGCAGUGUGAGUUCAACUUUGGGGCCAAGCCCUUCCGCUACCCCCCCUCCGUCAAGUUCAGCACUUUCAACGAUUUCGCCUCGUUGGCCACCGACGAGAAAAUCAUCUUGCCAAGACACAGACGGCUAGCGCUGCUGAAGCAGGUGAGCAUCCGUGACAACUGCUGCACGCUGUGCUGCGACCAGAUGGCCGACACCGAGCUCAGACCCUGCACACACAGUGGGAUCUGCAUGGAGUGUGCCUUACAGCUGGAGACGUGCCCGCUGUGUCGGCAGGACAUCCAGACGCGCGUCAGACUCAUCUCCCACGUGUCCUGACACCACCCUUCCUCCCCCACCCCUCCUCCUCCUCCUCCUCAUCCUCAUCCUCCGCUCCUCUCCUCUGCUCCUCCACUCUCUCCUCUCUCCCCCUUGCCGCACCCCCUCUCAGCCACGUGACAACGACGAUGGCAACAACGACGCGCCCAUGCAGUCUCGCUGAGAGGUGACGCACAGGGGUGAUGUGAUGCGCCCCGCGCGGGACGUUCCCCGUCUGACGCCCCGCCAAUGCAGCCAGCGUCCUCCGCUUCCCUUCCUCUCCUCUCCUCCACUCCGCUCCCAACAACUCUCAGUCCUGACGGCGCCCAAUCACUUGUCUGCCUAACACAAUCAUGACCGCGGGGGUAGUGGACCGGACCCACAAGGCGCUCUCGUCUCACACCACAAACAAGAGGGAGGGAGAGGGGAGGGGAAAUGCAGAGGAGGUGGUUGAGGAGGGCAAGUUAUACAGAAACAAGGUGGAGGUGUUGACUUUUUUUCCCCCUGGCCUCUCACAACACUUGGAGCACUGCACAGAGCUUCAAGUUUGCUGUUUGUCUGUCUGCCUGUGUGUGUCUGUCUAUGUAUGUAUGUACGUAUGUAUGUGUGUGUAUUAUGUAUGUAUGUAUGUAUGUAUGUAUGUGUAUGUAUGUGCCAUUGUCUGACACAGACGAAGAAAGGAGUUGGGUGAAUUCCUGUUCUGUGUGAAGACGGGACAAAGAGAAGCCUUUCUAGAAUCAUGCCAUAAGACGUCGUGCAAUUCAUGCACAGCAACUCGAUAAGGACUACAGGCCUUCUGAUCCUCGCUCUCUACCACCCUCCAGUGGUGGAGAUUAUAUCCUCUCAAGACACACACUCACACUCACACACACACUGCUCAAUAUGUCCUCUGUAUCUACGUCAUGAUGUGUUCACUGUAUCUAUGAUGAUCUCAUUUCAGUUUCCAACUCAAGGCACAAUAGCAAAAAAAAAAAGAAAGAAACAGAGGAGAAGGAAAGAGCUUUCUUACCUGCGUUGUUUGAUUCAUGGUAAUUUUGAUGCCUGACUCCACAGAGAGAGCAAAGUGCCGACGGAUCCCGGCUUUAUUUUGUUGUCGUUGUUUUUUGUUUUGUUUUUUCAACCUGUUUCUCCUUACUCUUCUGUACUUGAAAAAUGUUUUGGAUAGAUUUUACAUGUCCUGAGAAGAUGUGUUUUAAAAAAGAGAGAGAGAAUUAUGAAGUGGAAACUGUGAGUAGGAUGGUAUAUAUUUGUGCAAAACAUAAAUGCAAAAAAAAUGUAAAUGCAUUUAGUUGUGAGUGAGAAUAAUGAUAUGCCUUAUCAAAAAGGUAUUAAGUGAAUAAUCAGAUUUGUAGACGUUUAGGAAGUUGGACAAUUAGGAGGCCCAGCACUAAAGUUAUCCAUGAGUUUUACAAACCUCA